AUGGAAGGCUCCAAUGGCUUUGGGAUCGACUCCAUCCUCUCCCACCGGGCGGGCAGCCCCGCCCUUCCCAAGGGGGACCCCCUGCUUGGGGACUGCCGCUCACCCCUGGAACUGAGUCCUCGCUCAGAGAGCAGCAGUGACUGCUCCUCACCAGCCUCACCAGCAAGGGACUGUCUGGAGACGGGCGCCCCGCGGCCUGGCGGGGCACAGGGCCCAGGUUUGGACUCCCACCUGCAGGCCGGACAGCUCUCAGCCCCAGCCCAGUCACGUACAGUGACCUCCUCCUUUUUGAUCAGGGACAUCCUUGCCGACUGCAAACCACUGGCCGCCUGUGCGCCCUAUUCUAGUAGCGGGCCGCCUGCCGCCCCUGAGCCCGGGGGCCGCCUCGCACCCAAGGCCGGUGAGGACUUUAGAGACAAGCUGGACAAAAGUGGCAGCAAUGCCUCGUCAGACUCCGAGUAUAAAGUGAAGGAGGAGGGCGACCGGGAGAUCUCCAGCUCGAGGGACAGCCCCCCGGUGCGCCUGAAAAAGCCGCGCAAGGCGCGCACCGCCUUCACCGACCAUCAGCUGGCGCAGCUGGAGCGCAGCUUUGAGCGGCAGAAGUACCUGAGCGUGCAGGACCGCAUGGAGCUCGCCGCCUCGCUCAACCUCACCGACACGCAGGUCAAGACUUGGUACCAGAACCGCAGGACUAAAUGGAAGCGACAGACGGCCGUGGGGCUGGAGCUGCUGGCGGAGGCGGGCAACUACUCGGCGCUCCAGCGGAUGUUCCCGUCGCCUUAUUUCUACCCGCAGAGUCUCGUCUCCAACCUGGACCCCGGCGCCGCGCUGUACCUGUACCGCGGGCCGAGCGCGCCGCCGCCCGCCCUGCAGCGGCCUCUGGUGCCCCGCAUCCUCCUCCACGGACUCCAGGGCGCCGGCGAGCCCCCGCCGCUGCCCCCGCUGGCCGGCGUGCUGCCCCGCGCCGCGCAGCCCCGAUGAGGCCGCCCGCCUCCGGGGCCCCUGUUGGGCUCUCCGGCCGCGCGUUCCCCGAAGGGCAGAUGCCAAGUCUCCUGCAGCCCGGACCCCGACCCCGGACCAGGCCUCCCUAGCCUCCCUCGGCGUCCUCCCUCUCGGCCAGUCCACCGGGAGCCACUUCCACCCGCGGAUGUACAUACAUUGCACCCCCUGCCGGCGCCCAGGCCACCCCCUUGUCCCUCCCAGAAGCAGCCUGGCGCCCCGGGCUGCACUCCCCCGUCCCCACGCGCCCGCUGUGCACCGAGCCCUUCCCUGCGCCCCUGCCGCGGAGGGGGGCGCGCAGCGCUGUACAUACGGUGUGCAAAGUGUAUAUGAGGUUAUUUAUUCGUGACCAUGAGCCGUGACCGUGUCCGUGAGUCAGUGAGCCUGUGGCCGGUGCGCUGCCCCCCAGGCGGGGCAGGAAGCGGCCGGGGG